CAGGAUCUCUUUGUGUGCCCCGCUGGCACGGGGGUAAAUACCUACCUCACGAAUACCGGCGUACAGAAUACGUUGAGGGAAACCCAGCUGCCAAGUACCUUACCGUGACGACACGCGACGGAACCCACUGGAUUCACACUCCUCGCGUCCAUCAUGUCUUCACGCAACCGCAACUCACGGGGGCCAAACCGCAACAGUGGCAACGCCCAGGGGGAAGAGGCCCAUCUGUGGAGCCAGGUUAAGGAGGACAUUCGGGCCAUGGUUGACGACCUCAACGCAAGCAACGACUCGAUCCGUGCCGUGGCAGCACAGGAUAACUACAUGGUCAAAAACAAGGACGGCGUUGACAUCACCGUCGAGGAACAGAAGCUCGACAGCCUGCUGCGGAGCGGCGUUAAGGGGUCCGAUUUGUCCAAGCAGCAGAUCGAUGCGCUGAUCGAGCGUGUCACGGUCUUGAGAGCACUGGUCAAGGCUAGGGAAGACGCAGAGGCACAGGCAGCCGGGCCAUCGGGCUCGUCCGGCCGGGAGAGGUCAGGAGGCUUGUUAUCCGCCUCGGCCAGGUCCGCGUCAGCACGAGGGGUUAGUGCGCGUGACAAAGAGCGGGAACGGGAUCGGGACCGCGACAGAGACCGUGAUCGCGACCCUGGUCGCGACCGUGACCAUGGUUCAUUGUACGAUUUUGAUGGCUCCGGGGACUCACCCAUGCCGUCACCGGUGGGAAGGAAACUGGGAGGAAGCGCCGGCGCGGGAAGCGACCGCUCGGCAAAUCGGGAUAGCGUUCCCCCACGCGGCGGGGACCGUGAUACACCAGGGAAGUCGGAUAGUGUCCCCCCCGAGUCUGGUGGCCUUGCCGCCACAGCGGCGCAACGGGCCAAGAUCUCCUUCUUCAAGGGUCAGGACGUGGUGUUCAAGCCCAAACCAACGACGACAACCGACACCACGGAAUGGAUGUUGGGUAAGGUGCAACAGGUUCUCGGCGAGGGCAAGUCACGACGGUAUAAAGUCCAGGACGCCGACCCCGACUUGCCCCCGGACCAACGCGUCGAGUAUCGUACAAGCGCCAGCAGCAUGAUUCCAAUCCCGGCUUCGGGCGCGGAACUCGCGGAUCUCGACAAAGGCAAAACAGUGCUCGCACUCUAUCCUGACAGUACCACAUUCUACAAGGCCGAGGUGAUGGGCACAGAUGCUGCCACGCACAAGGUCAGCCUGCGCUUCGAGGGCGAGGAGAAUAAUGUCACACUGCAGCUGGUCGAUAGGCGGUUUGUGGUCGAGUACAGGAAUUAGGGGCCGUUUUGGGGGGUGUUUUGGCUGGCGGGAGCGUGUGAAUAGAUUCAAGGACAGCGAUAUCGAACUCCAAAAACGUUCCAUUUCUCCAAGAUCAGAGUCCUUCGUCAAGCGGGCCGUGACUCCACGGAAGGAAGGGACUCCAUGAUACCGUGGGCACAGGCCACCAUCGGCAGAAGCUCGUGUUUUGAUUGGCCUGGAAGUCAGGGGUAAUCUAUUACAGCUCCACCAAGCUUGGGGUGCAGGGUUUC